AUGGGGACACCUAGGGCAGUGAAAAGUCAGGCUAUAGUAGAUUUAUUGGCGCAGUUUCCAGGAGAGGAAGAAUUCCCACUGGAUGAUGAAAUUCCAGGGGAAGUAGCUAUGGCAGAAGAAGUUAGGGAACAGUGGGUAAUGAAAUUUGAUGGGUUUUCUACUACCCAUUUCGGAGGGGUGGGAGUAGUUUUGUAUCAUGAAAAAGACAAGGCAGUGGCACUGUUAUUUAAGUUGGAAUUCCCCUGUUCAAACAACACAGCGGAGUACGAGGCCUAUCUAACUGGGCUUGCCACGACGCUCGAAAUGGGAGUCAAACAUUUGAAAGUGCUGGGAGAUUCGAACUUGGUCGUCUGUCAGGCCAAAGAAAGUUUUUCCUUAAAGGAGCCCAGCCUAGCCUCGUACAGAGCGAUGGCCCAGAGAAUGGAAGAGAAAUUCUCAACCUUUGAGAUAGAACAUGUUCCAAGAAACGAAAAUCGGUUUGUGGAUGCGUUAGCUGCACUGGGUUCGCAAAUAAUCUUCAAAGGGAAUAGCACUAAUAUGGAAGUCAGCAAGAGGGAAGAAUCCAUCAUUGAGGUGUUAAAGGAAAAGUUUCGGGAGGAACAGGGCAAAGGGGAUUGGCGAAUCCCUAUAAAGGAAACCUUGGUGAAGGGAGACGACGCAGCAAAAUCGAAGAUAUUAAAAGACUAUGCCUUGGUAAAAGAAGAGUUGUACUGCAGGAUGCCAGGUGGGGUUUUAUCCAGAUGCGUGGGCCAGGAGGAAGCCCAGAGAAAAUUGAAAGAAAUACACGACAAGACUUGCGGGUCUUACGGGGAAGUCAGUCUUUACCGCAGACUCCAGAGGCAGGCUUCUAUUGGCCAAGCAUGGGUAAAGACGCAGAUCAAGUCCAAACCCAGUUUGGAACCUGCCAGCUUGCGACAAACAGGGAGGAGAAUUACGCUGUGUUCAUCAGCGAGGAUUGGAGAAGCCCUUUCAUGUAGUACCUAA